GUACCAUAUGUUCAUUUUGUUGACGUUUACUUUUUUGCCAGGAACCGAAGAGCACCUGGUUGAAAGGCCUCCAAUCGAAGCUUUUUCAAAAUAAAAUGGACCUGAUCAUUCUCGUGGGGAUUGCCACGGCCCUUUUGGUCGUCAUUAUUACUCUGUACUUUCUGCAAAAGAAGAAUGCCAGCCCAGAAACCAAACCAGCGGCUGCUCCACAACGUGGCGUUCCACAGCGCGCGCAGGAAGGAGUUCCUCGCCGGGCUCAAAUAGCCCGAAAUCAGCGUAAUCGACUGCGCCAAAAUGCUCCAGCUGCACCAGUUGCUCCGGCAGCAGGUGCUCCGGCUGCCCCCGGGGACUCCGACAACGAUGACGAGGCCCAGGUGGAUGCUGAUGGUGCCCGGGUACCUCAGGGCGCUGUGCUUGACGAGAAGAUGGGCGCCAAGAAGCGGGCCAAGAUGGAGGCCAAGGAGCAGAAGCGACUGCAGCGCGAGCAGGAACUGCAUGACCGAGAACAGCGCAAGGUGAAGGAGGCCAAGGAGGAGGCUGAACGGAAGCAGCUGGAGGACAUCGAGGCGGAGGUGGAGCGCAAGCGACUAGAGGCCGAGCGCCUGGCCAAGGAAGAGCGGGAGCGCAAGGAGCACGAGGAGUACCUGAAGAUGAAGGCCGCCUUCAGCGUGGAGGAAGAGGGUUUCGAGGAGGGCGACGCCGACGAACAAGACAGCUUGCUGGCCGACUUUAUACAGUACAUCAGGGACAACAAGGUAGUCGUCCUCGAGGAUUUGGCCGUGGCCUUUAAGCUCAAGACGCAGCAGGCCAUCGAUCGCAUCCAGGAGCUGCAGGCCGAUGGCACACUCACUGGCGUGAUCGACGAUCGCGGCAAGUUUAUCUACGUGUCGGAGGAGGAACUCGCGGCAGUGGCCAAGUUUAUCAAGCAGCGAGGGCGCGUUUCCAUUGCCGAGCUGGCCGAGAGUAGUAACAAUCUGAUUAACCUGACGCCAGUCUCCGCCGGCGGCGGGGAAGCCAGCUCUUGAUGAGAUUUGUUAGUCAUUUAUAAAUUAAAUUUAUAUAUUUAGAUUCGAUCUGUUGGUAGAGUAACAUGAACAAAACAAAUGCAAGCAGACAGACUUCUGAUUGGGUAUACAUAA